GGCUGUCGUCGCCUGCAGAGACCCGUCGCCCGCCACCGCCGCCUGCAUGGAGCUCCCCGGAGCCGGGGUGAAUUCCAAUGAGUGUGAAAGUGUAUCAAGCAAACAAGAAAUGUCAGAAGAAUUUGAAGCCAACACCAUGGAUUCUCUGGUAGAUUUGCCAUUUGCUACCAUAGAUAUUAAAGAUGACAGUGAAAUCACUGAUGUUCCUAAAGUAAAUUUGGAGAGAAGUAAAGAAAAUGAAUGCAACAAUAAAGAUCAAAUAAAGAAGAGGAAAAAAAAGCGAAAAGAUUAUCAACCCAACUAUUUCCUAUCCAUUCCAAUCACCAACAAAGAGAUUACAAAAGGAAUUAAGAUGCUGCAAAAUGCAAUAAUACAACAAGAUGAGCGACUGGCCAGAGCAAUGAGCAGUGAUGGUUCCUUUCAUAUUACCCUACUAGUGAUGCAGUUACUGAAUGAAGAUGAAGUCAACAUGUGCCAGAGGCCCCUGACUCCUCCAGCCCAGAGGAGCUCGAGCCACACUCGGUCCUUGGCUCCAGGGUUGCCGCCUCCAGCCGCAGCCACAGGCUGCAGGGUGAGGACGCUGGGCCGGGGCCUCAGGGCGGUCGUGGAGUGGUGGGCGCCCCGUGCGCUCGCAGCCCUCCCUGCCGGGCGCCUCUCGAGUCUCCACUGGGCGGAGCUGCCCCACGACCGCAGGGGACGGCCUUUGGGUCUGCAGACGCAGCCUGGGCCCUGUCGCUGCGGGCGCGUGGAUCCGGGACGGGGAGAUGCCGCCGAGGAGCGUGAAACUUGGGCCGCCGGGUGUGCGUUGGACGCGCUAGCACUUCCAGNUCCUCUCGGCGGGGCUGCCCCACGACCGCGGCGGGCGGCCUCUGUGUCUGCGGACGCUGCCUGGGCCCGAUCCCUGCGGGCGCGGAUCCGGGACGGGGAGGGGCCGCCGGGUGUGCGUGGGGAGCGGUGGGUCCGGAAGUUGUCUGAAUAUUCCUCUUGUGCAUCGAGGGCCUCGUUCCCUCUCUCGCUGCCACUCCGUGAGCACAGCCAUCCAGCCAUCCUGGCUCAGAAUGCUGCAAAAAGGACAUUUCAAGAAAAAGGUAUCUUGGCAGGAGAAAGCAGAACUUUUAAGCCUCAUUUGACCUUCAUGAAAUUGUCCAAGUCACCGUGGCUCCGAAAGAAGGGAGUGAAAAAAAUAGACCCCAAACUGUAUGAAAAAUUUAUCAGCCAUAGAUUUGGAGAAGAAGUGGCACAUUAUAUAGAUCUUUGCUCCAUGCUGAAGAAAAAGCAAAGUAGUGGCUAUUAUCACUGUGAGUCUUCAAUUGUGAUUGGCCCAAAACCUAUUGGAAUCCGGGACUUAAUUAAUGAAGCUUUGCGUCGAGAGAGGAUGGGUCUGCAGUCCAAAGUGAAAGAGAUAAAAGCACUUUUAUUAAAGCCUGAGAUUCAGGCCAAAAUCAGGAGGGAGCUCUUUGAAGGAAGAUUCAUUAACAACAGUAAUCAAGGAAACGAUGUGGAUUUCAGCACAACUUUAACAUAAACUCUGCCAUAGUACUAGAGUUUAUGAAAUCUUUUCAGCUCAUUAAGUAGCUCUUUGGUGAAUACCAAAGAAGUGUUCUGAUAGUUUGCACAACAGCAAACCAACAUUUGGUAAGGAAUGAACAAUUUCUUUCCAAAGAAAACUGAAUUCUGCACUGUUAUUUUUAAGCUUAACUUGUGUUUUAGAAUGUUUAUCUCUGUAAUAUCAAGAUUCAUUUUAUAGAAGAGACUUCUUAAUUUAGCUGUAGUGAGAUGUUCCUUGAGUCCUCACAGAUAAAAUAUACAGACUGUGAAAAAUCAUUUACUAAAAAAAACAAAAUAAAACCCAUUAUUUUAAGGGUCAUUUGUUUCCUGUUGAUAUGACUUGGGUUGUUGUUUAGUCAAAAGAAGCAUUGUUCACAUGUAUCUAUAUCUAGUGUUACUUUUAAUGAGACUUUGAAUGUUUAUUGAUCACUAGUACUUGAAUGAACAUUUAUAAAUGUAAUUAUUGCAGUCACUGGUUAAGAAUGUUUUAUAAUUUCAUAUGUAUUAUUUUUCAAUGAUUGAAAUAUAGUUUGCUUUUUCAUUUCUUACUGAAUGUUUGGGGUUUUUAUUUUCUACUUUUCUGAAGAUAAGCUAGCCCAUGUCUUAUUGUAUCCCUUAUAAUCUGAAUUUGCUUGCACUGGUUCAUUUUUAAAGAAUAUUCUUUAAAAAUUUCCUUCCUGUAUGAUAAUCACUGGUAACAGCUUUUUCUAUAAUCAUUGUAAAAUUGCUGCUACUAACAGAUCAUGAUGGAGGGGGAAAUUAUUAGAGAUCAAAUAUGUAAUCAUUUCAAAGAUAAAAUCCAGUUUACUCAUGGAUUUUUGCUAUUUUUUCACUGGGUAAAUUAUAUUACAUUUAUUUAUAAGUGAGUUUAUGCAUUUUCAUGCCUCUUAAUAAAUGUAUUGUUUUCCCUUGU